ACGCAUAACAAAUAGAAGAUGGGUGAGCGGCCAGUCUCGUAGAGUUAAACUGUUUUUAUGUAUUUUUUUAUAGUUAGUGUCGUCGUCCUGUAAACAUUAAUAUACAGUAAUGUGCCGUUCAGAAGAAACGAACUAACACUGACAGUUUUUUUUAGACACUCUUGAAUGUGUCUCAGCUAACGGAGCGUUAGCUAGAAUGCUAACAUGAUGCUGAACCCAUCGGUUGGGUCACCAGACGACAGAAAAUCCGUGUACCGUCAGUCACAACAUAACUUUUACAAAAGCGGGGAUAAAACCAGUCCUAUAAGCGUCAUAUUGGUUAGUUCUGGCAGCCGAGGGAACAAACUUCUUUUUCGGUAUCCCUUCCAAAGAGUCGAUGAAUGUCCGUCAUCUCUCUCAGCAAAGCAACGAAAUCCAUAUGCACUGAAUGUCACUGGGGAAAGUCUCGAAGAUCAAGAUGGAGAUUCAAGGGAGCAAUCUCCAGAAACUGAUGAACAGUUGGUAGCAGGGUUUUCUGACAUCAUCCUGGCCACCAUUCUGGCCACCAAGUCCGAUAUGUGUGGAAAGAAGUUUGAAUUGAAGAUUGACAAUGUUCGGUUUGUGGGGCACCCUACCCUCCUUCAGCACUCUUCUAUCAUCCAGGUUUCAAAGACAGAUCCUUCACCUAAGAGGGAAAUGCCUACAAUGAUUUUGUUUAAUGUGGUGUUUGCACUGAGGGCAAAUGCCGACCCGUCCGUGAUCAGCUGCAUGCACAACCUGUCUCGGCGCAUUGCUAUAGCCCUGCAGCACGAGGAGCGCCGCUGCCAGUACCUGACCAGAGAAGCCAAACUCAUGUUGGCCGUCCAGGAUGAGAUCACCACCAUGACUGAGACAAACGGAAGCCCCCAGUCCCCAUUUAGACAAAUCCUUCCCAAAUGUAAACUGGCCAGAGACUUGAAGGAGGCUUACGACAGCCUUUGCACGACUGGUGUGGUGCGACUUCAUAUCAACAACUGGCUGGAGGUAAGCUUCUGUUUACCACAUAAGAUCCACAGAAUUGGUGGUAACUAUAUUCCCCCUGAGGCACUGGAGCGCAGCUUGAAGGCAAUAAGGCCCUAUCACGCCCUGCUGCUGCUGGAAAGUGACAAGGCGCUGCUCAGCCAACUGCCRCUGGACUGCUCACCUGCGAUGGUUCGCCUGAUAAAAACCUGCUCGGCUGUGAAGAACCUGCAGCAGCUUGCGCAGGAUGCUGAUCUGGCUUUACUUCAGAUCUUUCAAAUUGCUGCUCACUUGGUUUACUGGGGCAAGGCCAUCAUCAUCUUCCCCCUGUGUGAGAAUAACGUCUACAUGCUCUCACCUCAUGCCAACAUCUCCCUAUACUCCCCACUGGCCAAACAGUUUGCCCAGCAGUUUUCAGGUCAUGAUCUGCCCUCCAUGUUGGCAAAGUUUUCCUUACCUGUCUCACUGGCUGAGUUCAGAAACCCCCUGGAGGCUCCUGCACAGGAGGCCCAGUUGAUCCAGAUGGUGGUGUGGAUGCUCCAGCACCGCCUGCUUAUCCAGCUGCACACUUACGUUUGUCUCCUGGUGCCGCCCAGUGAAGACCAGCCUGGGCCGAGGGACGAAGAGCUUCCACUGGCUGCCCGAGUGGGGGGCCGGAGUCUCAGCACCCCGAGUGCUCUUAGUUUCGGUUCACCGACGAGCAGCGAUGACAUGACUUUAACCAGCCCCAGUAUGGAAAAUUCCAGCACAGAGCUGUUGCCUGGUGGAGAUUCUCCGCUCAACAAAAGGAUGACAGAAACGCAGCUUACAAGUCUGUCAGAGCACGAGAGGCAGGUUAUACUCAACAUCCCGGCCGCACAAAAUCCAGAAGAUCUGCGAAUGUUUGCCAGACUGCUGCAUUAUUUCCGGGGGCAUCACCACCUGGAAGAAAUUAUGUACAACGAGAACAUGAGACGCUCGCAGCUCAAGACUCUGUUUGACAAGUUCCGCAGUGUCCUCGUAGUGACCAACCACGAGGAUCCUGUCAUUUCCAUCUUUCAGUCGCCUAUGGGUUAAUGGUGCCAUGGCAGCACUUGAACAUAUGUCAGUUUGAUAGCAGGUAAAUCUGCUCACAGCUAAGUGCUAUUCUUCAAAGACGUUCUUUAAAAAAAAAAAAACGAAUACAUUAGAAUUAAUGUGUGAAGAUCUAAACCAUGUAGAAAGUAUUUUCUCUUCGAGCCAAAUGUUUGUUUACAAUAUUAAAUUAUUUAAUGAAUGCCAGACAUGCCUUAAGGGUUCCACUGUGAAGGAGGAGUUUUGACAAAAUCUCCCCACCUCACCUCGCAAUCUGUUCGAAAAAUGAUCUGUGCUGGCGUCACGGGAGGGGUGGGGCUUCACAGUGAUCGUUCCAGGCCUUCAGCUACCUCUUUUUUUUUAAAGGAAUCCCAAAGGUGAUGAUGGGAAAAACKGCAACGAAAAAGCAAACAUCAAAUCGACUGUUUUUGCUCAGACUGUUUUGAGGGGAACGGAGCAUUCCAGACAUCUGUAAAAUCACUCAAAGGGACAUUUCCCAUGUGUGAAUUAGAAAACAAUUAAACUAAAUGAGAAUGAC